AGGAAGAUGUAGGAGACUUAGAUGGAACUACUUUGCAUAGUCCACGCAGAGCUUCUGCUUCCACAAGUCCUCCUUCGAGUCCGCGGAGGGCAUCUUCGGCUGCCAUCAACUAUGGCGCUCGGGCAUUUUCAUCUGAAAAUACUACAUCUGGACGAGGUAGUAUUGCUAGUACCGCCAAGGCCAACAUAGGCAAUAUGAGGCCAUCAGCUGCUGCAGCCGCACCUGCUGGAGAUAUUAGAGUGGAACAACCAGUAGGAGUUCUCGAUGGGAGCGACGCUCCCACAGCGAGAGCAUCAACAGAUGUAGUAGGUCGUGCGGUAGUUAGAGACGAGGAUCCACAAC